UGCCAACUUUGAAGUAGACGGAAAUGGACUGUGUCUCAGAAAAUUUACCUUAGUCUGAAAGGUUAAUGGGGACAAAGGCACUAUACCAUGACUCGAACCCUUGCGUCAUGCCCCUUUUCUGAUGAUGUCAAAGAUCAGGUGGCACGAGCAACAACAUAAACACCCCGGGGGCGCCAGAUCAAACAACGAUAAUCGGCCCAUUCAGGAAUAUUGAAUUUCUCGAGAUGAAGCAUAUAUUAAUUCUCGCAGCAUCACUCCAAAUGCUUCGAUCGGCGAGCGCGCGCCUCCUUCGGCACUCUCUCACACCGACCAGCACCACCACCACAUACAUCGCCGCUCGGCCAAUUACCUUUGCCACAGGCAACAUUCGCAAACCUGUAUCUCUUACCGGUAUCAGGGGCAAACCCGGCCGCCCUAGUCCGGCAAGUUCUUCGAGGCUGAUGAGCCGGCCGUCGACAUGGGGCGAGAAUACGAUCACCACGGUAGCCGCAGGCACCUUGCUAGCUGGGUCGUGGUACAUCUGGGAGGCGGGUCGCAGCUACAUCGUCGGACCCGAGGUCGAAAAGUAUGAACCCCACGGACUAGGAACUCAUCGCGAGGGUACGGUCAACCGGGAUUAUGUCAACUAUGACCAUUGGGUGGAGAUGCACCGGCGGAAGGGGAAGUAGAUUGGACUGUUCCAAUGAGGGAGCUUCAGCUGGGGGCGUGGGACCUUGGGUAGUAAGGUUGGUAGAAAGGGCAAUUUGAUACGCAGAAUAACUACAGUGCGUAUGCCGAUGGUUGGGCAUGGGAAAAGGGAGGGUUAUACUCGAGUGAAGCAUGUACUGGGCUGGCUUGGUAUUGCAUGGACUCUGAUUUCAG